GAAGGUAUUGUCAUGCAUAUAAAGGACGCGUAAAAUAUUUCCCCAGAGCGCAGAGCAGGGCAGAGACUCGCGGAUCGUACGCAGGACACAGACCUGGGCCACACGGUGGAUUUCUAUCGCUUUCGUCGCCACGGACCCGUCCAUCUGUCACAGACGCCCUGGCCACACGAGCAGCGACAUUUUGCCUGGACGUGUAGCCAGGAAACAGGUGGGAACGUUUAAGGAAAACCUGUGGAGACCCGGUAACGAGGAGGCUGCCCUGUGGAGAUCCUACUUCCAGUUUCCUCUCAGUGAAGACGGAGGUGUCGGUCUUCUCCAUCCCCUGCGAUAGGCGACCUGCUGCUGCUACAGAAGGGAAACUUCACCUAGAGACCCUGGACCUCUUGAGACCCUUAAUGCUUUAGGGAUUUAUAGGAUCUCUCACUUUAUUUACCUUUUUGCACACCGAGUGUGUUAUUUUCUCUAUUGUCCUUUUUGGGAUAUAUACAGUGAGCAUUUUUUGUCUUUAAGUACCUUAAAGUGCCUUAAUAACUGGUUCUAGUCCAGUGUAACUGUGGCAUUUUACCAGACCAGAGACGCUCAGCAGGGAGAAGACGUUCCUAUCAGCUUUAGAGCUCCGGGCAGGAUUACUGGUUCCCCCACCAUCCAGCGCGCUGCAACCAUGAGCCAAGCGGAGGUGUCGACGUGCUCCGCGCCGCAGAGGGUUUUCCAGGAGGCGGUGAAGAAGGGCAACACCAAGGAGCUGCACUCGUUGCUGCAGAACAUGACGAACUGCGAGUUCAACGUCAACUCCUUCGGGCCGGAGGGACAGACGGCCCUGCACCAGUCCGUCAUAGACGGCAACCUGGAGCUGGUAAAACUGCUGGUGAAGUUUGGCGCAGACAUCCGACUGGCCAACAGGGAAGGGUGGAGCGCUUUACACAUCGCCGCCUUCGGGGGCCACCAAGACAUUGUGCUAUACCUCAUCACCAAGGCCAAGUACUCCUCUGGCGCCCGGUGAUCUAUCUCUGCUGUCAGGUAAAAAAAAAGAAAGAAUAAGACAAAUAACACGACAACAGCAACAAUAAGUGGGGAAAAAAUCCGACUGCAACACAUGAGGGAAAGCCAGGCUCUUUUUCUGAAAGCGUUCAAACUGCCAUUAUCUACAUAGUUGUGCCAAAUUAUAUAUAUAUUCAUAUAUAAAAGGAAAUGCAUAAACAGGCCUGCACAAUAACCCUCCCUCUCACUGCAAACCAAACGGGGCCCUCUCUGCACCUCUGAGUGAAGCCACCACAUGGUUCACACACACACGCGCAAACACACACACAGCGCCUCAGCACGAAUCUUUAACAAAAAAAAGAAAAACGCCACUUCGGUGAGUUUGUUGGUACUAAAGCUUUCCUCUUGAAUGUGUCUACUAUAGAUCGCGUGGUCCACUAGAGGAGCAGCCUGUGUGUGUGUGUGUGUGUGUGUUGGGACUCAGGAGUGCAGAUGGCCCAGUUUUUUCUCCUCUAUCCAUGACCUCCCAUCCUCAGUACAGUUGAAUAGUUUCUUUGUGGGGGGAGGGGGGAUGGGGUGCACAGAUUUGACCUGUUGCCCCUCAUGCAUUGUUCACUUGUAAAAAAAUCCUCUUUUUCUAAGUUAUUUGAUAUGAAACAUGGCACUUGAUGCUACAUGGCUGCAUGCUGGAAUAUCUGAAAGGGAAGACACACGAGCAAGAGAAGAAGGGUUGCCCUCUGUUGGCUACCAGAGGCCUAUAUUUCUUUAAUGAAUCAAUUUUUAUUUUAUUUUUUAACUCAAAGAGCGGCAUUAUGGCUAUCCAACACGCUUUCCGGAUGUGUAAUCAUGAUGUAACAACAACUGGCUUCAUCGAUGUUGUGAAGUACUGUACACAAUAGCUUUACUAUUAUUAUUUUUGUAUUUCUUUUAAAGAGAAAAAGAAAGAGACAGUAGCUGAGUGCACUGGGCCUCCUCUGCCAUGCUGGCGUCCAACUCUUUCCUGGCCAGUGCGACCACUUUGCCAAUGGUCACUGUGUUACUAAAAAGAAAAACCGCUGCUUUCGCUUUGUAUCAAAAGAAAAAGAAAGAAAGAGUCGCAUUUGGAAUUCACUUUAUAAUCUCCUCUCAGUAUUUUAUUAACAUCCUAGUCAUCACUGUGAAAGCAGGCUGGGUUAUUAUUUUUUUUUCUAUUUAUGAAGGUACAUUGAGAAGAUGCAUUUUUGAAUAUGUUGUGGUUCUUCUUUUAAAAAAUACAAACAAAAAUCUAUGAGUGUAAGAAUAUCUAUGGGUGACUCAAGCUGCUUCAGACUCGUAGUAUAUAAACUGUCCCGUGUGGAGGUAACCCUGCCACCCUCACCCUCCUGACCCACCACCACCAUCCCCCCAGAAACCCAACUCCCCCCCCUCCCCUCUAGCCCGUUGACCCUCCAGAGGACUUUCUCCACCCCCCUCCUCCCAUUUAAAGGACUUUGUUUGGUUGCCUUUUGCCAGCUACCUCGACUUAUAAAGUAUUCUCAAGUUGUUCAGCUGUCUCACCACUCUGCCACGUCGUUUUGGAGUCUGAAGAGAUUCACUAUUUGUUUGUGAUCAUCCGCAUGCCAGUAUGUUUUGUUUUGUUUUUUUGCUAUGAAGCCUGACAGACAAACGGACUCCUGAAGAUGCAAUGAACCCAUCCCUGCAUCCUCAGUCGGGACAGUUUUUAUUUUACACUACAACCAAACCAAUUCUCAAUAGCAAAGCGUGAUUUUCUGCAAAGGAGUCUGUGGUCUCUCUCUCUCUCUCUCUCUCUCUCUCUCUCUCUCUCUCUCUCUCUCUCUCUCUGUCGCAUUGUUGUUCCCUAUAAACCUCCACCUCUCUGUCCCUUUCUCUGUCUCCAUCAGCCUGUUUGGUCGUUUUUUAUUUUUUAUUUUCAGGUCAUACAAAAAAAUGGAAUUGUAUCGCAUGACUUAUAAAUGCAGGGAGUUUUAUUGCACAAAAAAAUGCGGAGCCUUGCGCGCCCCCAGUGUUUGUACGGGGUAACUGCAGGAGCCAAGGCUUUGGAAUAGUUACUACUACUGAGCAGGACCCUAAUACUGUUGGACGAUGAAGACUUAAGACAAAAAAAUCACAUGACUGUUGCAGGAGGUCACAGAAAAGGAAAAAAAAAAAUGGUUCCAUCAACUUGCCUGCUGCAUUUUUGAAAGUCAUGGCACCCUAACAUUUGUAUCGAUGCUGCUUGUAUGUUUUUAUUUUGUUCAUGUUGACGUUGUUGUUGUUUUCUUUAAAGCCUACUGCUCAAAUGGCCAACAGUUGUGUAGAAGCUUCACAGCAGCACUAGUUCACCUCAUGAGAAGCUGCUGAGAGUGUGUGAGUGAAUACUUUUCUUUUUGUCUUUUUAAAAUUGAAGUGUGUGUUUGUGUGCGUGUGCUUCUCAUGAGGCUCCGUGCCGCUGCAUUGAACAGUCGUCCAGACUGACAACUUCCCAUUUUUCAACAACCACAAUUAACAGAAGCGAUAGAUCCACCGCAUCAAGGUAUAGAUUGGUUAUCAGGCAACAAAUGAAAUAUGCAUCGCUUGUCUUAAACUUGAUUUUUUUUGUUUGAAUAUUGCACUGAUGACUGUUGUUGAAACGUUGGCUUUUAUGUGUCAACAUUUUAAAUUUUUUUCUGAAUAGAAAAAAAACAAACACAACAAAAUACUAUUGUAUAAAUAUAUGCUCCAGGUGAUAAUGUCCUAAUGUGUGUGUCACUUUGUGGGAAAAAAGAACAUGAUGUUUUUUCUUUUUGACAAAGAUGCGUGUAUCUCUGUGAUUGGGUGUAUGUAUAUAUACAUAUGGAUAUAUAUAUAUCAACGCUGAUGAUGAUGAUAUCUUGGGGCACUUUCUUUUCUGAAGUGCUGUCUUCCUGUUUUUUUUGAAAGGGGAAUAAUACAUUUGAUGGUAAGAUCAUUGUAACAUGAUUAAAAAUUGCACGGUUGUGUGGUCGUCUGGCUCACGAGGGUCAUAACAUUUAUGAUGUAAGGGGCCAGCUGCCGGAUUGGUGUACAUGAGUGAGAUGAUUUUUGUUUUUUUAAUAAAAAAUAAAAAAAAGCUCUGACUUCUUUGGACCAAGUUGUGUUUCUGGUCUUGCUUCAUUUCAAGCAGGAGAGAAACGGCAGAUUUUUUCAUGAGUGAUGCAGAUGUUCCAUCGUGUUUCAUUUUUGUUUGUUUGUUUGUUUGUACCCUUUUAUUUUUGAACGUUUGUAACACUGUGAUGAUGACGUGAUGUCAUGUGGAGAUGAGUGCUGUAUUAUUUUUGUACGUUUGUGUACAAGCCAGUAAAGAAAUCAUUAAACUCA